AUGCGCUUUUCAACUGCCUUUUUCAUCCUUAGCAGCUUUGCCUCCCUGGCUGUCUCAUCUGCAGUACCUGAGCCGGAAACAGCUGGGGCUCUCGACAACUGCGGAUGGCCCAACGGUAAUUGCUAUGACAACAACUGCCAUGGCGAACUGAGCCGCAAUAAGAUCACUUGCACAUCGCAUCGCCUGACGAGGAUUUCAAAUAGGGCAAGUACCUCGGUUGUCCAUGCGGAUACGGCUGCGGCAGAAACACGGGAAAAUGCAACGAAAAUGGCUGCGAUGGUAGAAACGGCCGCUGCACCAACAACUAUCUCGGAUGUUCUUGCGUUUAAGGCACGCUCGAGUCAUUCAAUCAGCGAUACCAUAACCGGAAGCCAGUCUAAGAAUUCGACUUUCCUGUGUCAAGCAACGGUAUGA